CUAACCGGGGGCGUCUGUCUUCGCUCUGCCAUCGGUUGGGCCGGCAAACCCGUCCUGAUGGUCACCUUAACCACUUUCCUCUUGCUACUGAGCAGCUGGUGUCACUCCUUGCCAGGCCCGGGCUCCUGGCCCAAGCAGAGGGAUCAAAACGAGCUAUUUCUGGCCCCGGCGCGCAGCCCCUGGGGGCCAACCUGGAGUGUCCACGCUCACGCCCCCCUGGCCGCUGAGCACCCGAGGCUGAGUCACAGGCACAGAAUUAGGCCCGACCUACUCUGCGGUAGGGUCUGUUCUGUGUCCUCCUGACAGCCUGGCGCGGCUGCAGCAUUCUCCAGGAAUCUGUAACCAAAACUAGUGCGUCAUCCUCACAGUUGCCAGCCUGGUGGAGAUGGAUUAAGAGGACGGAGCGCUCUUUGGUGGACUUCUCGGGCCCGGGUUCCCAACUGCCACAGUGCUUCGCCACACCUAUAAGGGUCUGCCUCCUAAGCCUUAGCUUCCCCCUUCUAGAAAUGGAAAAGGCUUAAUAAUGACAGUGCCGUGGUGUCCUUUUCCAGGCACCCAGCAGGCGUUUACUAACUAGCCAAGUCAUUAUUGAAGUUUCUAAAUAAGGCAUGCCAAUGGCCGGGUCUGGCCUCAAUCCCAGUGUCCCUGGGAGGCCCGCCGCGGGCGCCGCACUGGGCACAGUAUAAAUCGGAGAGUGCGGGUGUUUGGGCACUGCGGAGCCCAGGGUGGCAGCGGAGGGGCGGAAUGGAGAUCCCCGUGCCUGUGCAGCCUUCUUGGCUGCGCCGCGCUUCAGCUCCCUUACCGGGUUUUUCUGCUCCGGGACGCCUCUUUGACCAGCGUUUCGGCGAGGGGCUGCUUGAGGCUGAACUGGCCUCACUGUGCCCUGCCACGAUCGCCCCCUACUAUCUGCGCGCCCCCAGUGUGGCACUGCCCACAGCACAGGUGCCCGCGGACCCUGGGUAUUUUUCCGUGCUGCUGGAUGUGAAGCAUUUCUCACCAGAGGAAAUCUCUGUCAAGGUGGUUGGCGGCCAUGUGGAGGUCCACGCUCGACAUGAGGAGCGCCCGGAUGAACAUGGAUUCAUUGCUCGAGAGUUCCACCGCCGCUACCUCCUGCCUCCAGGUGUGGACCCUGCUGCUGUGACCUCGGCACUGUCUCCCGAGGGUGUCCUGUCCAUCCAGGCCACACCAGUAUCUGCCCAGGCCCCGCUUCCAUCACCACCUGCUGCCAAGUAGGGGUCCCGGCAUUACAGGACCGAACCUGAGAAGCCUUUUAAGGCUCCCUUUUAAAAGCCUAUCUGACUCCGCUGCCCAGCCAGAUGUCCCAAUCGCUGUCAAGACAGUCCCUCCCUAUCUAGAUGCCAUCCCCUAGGACCUUUCCACCCAAAACCCUACCUGCGCCUUAGUAACCAAGACACCGUCCCUAAGCCUGACGAUCACACCCCCCUGGCUUUCAGGCCCUGCCCAUGCACCUCUCUAGGAACAACACAAACACUAUUACUACCUUGGCCUGCGCGCCUGCCUGACUGACCCCUUUGGGCUUAUCCCACCACCCAGGCCCUCCUACUGUACGUCUACACUGUAGACCGUGGGCACCGUGAUUUCAGAGUACAAUGUAGAUAGUACCUCCUCCGCUCCCGGCCUCACCUAGUUCCCCACAACGACUCGUGAGCUAGCCAGUGUGACCCAGACUACAUGGGCCCACAGCAGUACACUCUAGAUCCUGUCCCUGCAUCCUAACCUUCCUCUGCCCCAGGCCAUUUUCUGACUUCAGACUCCAGGAGCCUAAGUUCCUGAAUCCUGUUCCUGACUUUCCAAUCCUUGGAAGUCUAUUCCCAACCAACUAGGACCUCCAAACUCAAACUGCAUAGAUAGGCCUAACUUUGCCAGAUGUGCUAGGCCAAUGAACCAGAACCCUCAAGUUCCUUUGUCCUGGCCCUCAUCUGCAGCCACCUCCGGUCAGUCACACCUUCAUUCCCUGUCACCUCAUGCCCUUCCUACAAUCAGUCCCCAAUAAACGUGCAAGAGAUUCA